AUGAAUCGAAUUACAGUAACCACAAUUCUUAUCGCAUUACUGUACCAAGUGAGCUACACUGAAGCCGGUUGCGGCUGUUGCGGAUGUUGCUGUCCAUGCCCAUGUUGUUGUACAAAGCCAAUUGUCAUCAAACUACCCCCACCGCCAACUAAAAUUGUACCGUGUUGCGGAUGUUGCUGUUGCAAGCCAUGUUGUUGCUGUGAGUUAAAAUUUUUUAAAAUAAAAAAAAUUUUUUUGAAAAUUUUAAAAUUUUAAAACUUGAAAGUUUUGUAAUAAGGAACACUUUCGACCACCCAAAACGACCUCUUGAAACCUGAUAUAACAAUUUUUUUGAAACGAUUGUUUUGUUUGCAUUUUCGACCACUUGACACUUUAUUUUAACUAUCAGCUGAUCUCCUUCUGUCUACUACAAUAUCAAGAUCAUUUUUAAUGAAAAACUUAAAAGUGCUUUUUAUUUCUAAUUAAAAAGUACCAAAAAUGUCAUUUCUGAUUCAAAAUUUAAUAAAACUUCUUUUUUUUUUUAAAAUGACUGCACCGUGCAAACUUUUUAAUUUUAUUGAACUGUGCAGAGUGUUUUUGAACUUUUGGUCAAAACUAAAGGUUUUUUACUAAAAUAACUUUUAAUUUUAAUGAAAAAUUUUUCGAAGGCUUUAUUACUAAUUUUAUGACCAAAAAAAUCUUUAUUUUUCAAAAUUAUUCAAAAAUUUACAUUUAAGAAAUCGAUUGCACCGUGCAAACUUUUUAUAUCAGCUGCACUGUGCAAGAUGUUUUUGGUUGUUUUGGCUAAACUAAAGCAUUUUUUACAAAAAAACUUUACUAUUGUAAUAAAAAACUAUAUUUCAGCUCCAUGUUGCUGCUGUCCAUGUUGCGGCGGUCGCCGAAGACGUAGCACGAUCGAAGGAAAGCUUGGUAAAACUUUGGUGCCAAAAGCCUGUGGCUGCUCUCGCGAUUGUCGCUCAAUCAAAUGUAAUGCCCAAAACUGUAACGAAUGCAAAGUCAAGUGCAAUUUGAAUAAGAAUGUCAUCGGGAGACAUCGUCGCAGUUUAUUCACUGAUUUGGUCGCUCCACAUCAGAAGGAGGUGAUUGUGAAGACAAAAACCGUGGUAAAGGAGAUUAUUGAGGUGUAA